AUUCAGGCUGUGCAUCUAUUUUGACCUUGCGUAUUUUAAUUAACUGCAAUAAUGGAAGAAUUAACGUUAGAGGACGAAGAACUUCUUCAGGAGUUGCUUCCCAAGAUAAUAUCCCGCCAAGAGUGGGGUGCGGUGGAAUCAAAAAGGAAACGGAAACUAAGGACACCAGUGAAAAGAUUGAUAUUUACAAGAGCUACAACAACCAGCUGUUAUUCCAAGUUCCAUUGUAUGCACAAUAUUAGAAAGCAACAACGAGAGGCGUUCGAAGAAAGUAGACCAGAUAUUCCUCACAGUUUUAUAAUAGAUAGGUAUGGAAAGAUCUACGAAAUUAUGGGCUGGAAUUAUGAGGCCAACUGUACUUUUUCUUAUUGGUUCCCAUCUGAAAGAGAUUUAAAGGCACUUUACGAGUCAUCAAUUGAAGUUGCACUAAUUGGGGACAAAGAGCAAAAACCAAGCAUACUACAAAUCAAGGCUGCCUUAGGACUGCUCAUGGUCGGUAUACAGAACGAUUAUUUGAUGGAAAAUUUAGACAUCGUAGAAAGUGACAGUAUUCGUGGGCCCGUCAUUCCUUCAGAGGAAAUCAUAGCCCAAUUAUCGAACGGGAACAACGGAAACUUUACAGGGUUUAAUGAAGAAACUAUAACCGAAGCAGAAGUUUUAAGACUUGUGAACAAAGCGCACAGGAAAGAAAACAAGCCUCAAAUAACUGUUGAAGAAAUGAGAGAGGAAAUGAAGGAUAGUGAACGAUUGUUCAAGGAAUUCGACGAGCAACUUAAAUUGGAAAACCAAAAAUAUAUUGAGAAAAAUUACCCAUGGGCUUUCGACCCCAAUAAAAAGUACAAACAUGGCUGAUAUAUUUUGUUAUAAUGUAGAAAUGUUGUAUAAUUUAUUAUAAAUCGAUAAAUC